UCGCGUCCUGUGCCUGGCGGUAGUAGCGGCCGUGGCAUUUGCGGCGGACCGGCUGCAGCUUGUCCAAGCCAUGCCGGCGGCGCGCGUGGAGUACAUCGCGCCCUGGUGGGUUGUGUGGCUUCACAGCGUCCCUCACCUCAACCUGCGCCUGCAGCGGGUGGACAGCACCUUCAGUCCCGGCGACGAGACUUACCAGGAGUCGCUGCUCUUCCUGGGGGUGAUAGCUGCCAUUGGCCUGGGCCUGAACCUCAUCUUCCUCGCUGUUUACCUGGUGUGUACAUGCUGCUGCCGGCGGGACCACACAGUGCAGACCAAGCAGUCCAACCCCUGCUGCGUCACCUGGACAGCCGUGGUGGCCGGGCUCCUCUGCUGUGCUGCAGUGGGUGUCGGUUUCUAUGGAAACAGUGAGACCAACGAUGGGGUGUACCAGCUGAUCUACUCCGUGGACAACGCGAACCACACCUUCUCUGGAAUUGACGAGCUGGUGGCUGCAAACACCCAGAAGAUGCAGGUGGACCUAGAACAUCACCUGGCUCCGCUCAGCGAGAUCUUUGCUGCUAGGGGUGACUACAUCCAGACCCUGAAGUUCAUACAGCAGAUGGCAGGCAGUGUCGUCAAACAGCUCUCGGGACUGCCCGUGUGGAGGGAAGUCACCAUGCAGCUGACUGAGUUGUCCCUCCAGACUGCCUAUGUGGAACACUACAGGUGGCUCUCCUACCUCCUUCUUUUCAUUCUGGACCUGGUCAUCUGCCUUGUCACCUGCCUGGGACUGGCCAGGCGCUCCAAGUGUCUCCUAGCCUCCAUGCUGUGCUGUGGGGUGCUGACCCUGAUCCUCAGCUGGGCUUCUCUGGCUGCUGAUACUGCUGCAGCAGUGGGCACCAGUGACUUCUGCAUGGCUCCUGACCUCUACAUCUUGAACAACACACAGAGCCAGAUCAGUUCAGAGGUGACCCGCUACUACCUGCAUUGCAGUCAGAGCCUAAGCAGCCCCUUCCAGCAGUCGCUGACCGCCUUCCAGCGCUCGCUGACCACCAUGCAGAUCCAGGUCGCAGGCCUGCUGCAGUUUGCUGUGCCCCUCUUCCCUACAGCAGAGAAAGACCUUCUUGGCAUCCAGAGUCUGCUAAACUCCUCUGAGACCAGCCUGCACCAGCUGACUGCCAUGUUGGAUUGCCGAGGGCUGCACAAGGACUACCUGGACGCCCUCACUGGUAUCUGCUAUGAUGGCAUUGAAGGCCUUCUGUUCCUGGGUCUCUUCUCUAUCCUGGCUGCCCUGGCAUUCUCCACCCUGACCUGUGCAGGACCUCGAGCCUGGAAACACUUCAUCAACAGGGACAGAGACUAUGGCGACAUCGAUGACGAUGACCCUUUCAACCCCCAAGCCCGGCGCAUCGCAGCCCACAACCCAAUGAGGGGGCAGCUGCACAGUUUCUGCAGCUACAGCAGCGGCCUUGGCAGCCAGUGCAGCCUUCAGCCUCCCACCCAGACCAUCUCCAAUGCCCCUGUCUCCGAGUACAUGAACCAGGCCAUACUCUUUGGUGGGAACCCACGAUACGAGAACGUGCCGCUCAUCGGGAGAGGUUCCCCUCCGCCCACAUACUCUCCCAGCAUGCGGGCCACCUACAUGUCCGUGGCAGAUGAACACCUGAGACAUUACGAGUUCCCAUCGUAGCAGCUUCCGGGGUACCUGCCGCCUCCUGCCAGCUUGGUUUUCAGCAAAUGCAGAUCCCAGCUGUGUUUCUGUAACAGAAACUGAAAAGUUCCCGGACGGGCAGGCUCCUGUGGCUGCAGGGACACAGCUGGUACUCCUGACCAGAGCCACAGGUGGACAAGACCAGCCUCGGGCCAAGCUCUCUGGCCCAGGGCUCAGGGCCUGGUUCAGUCCUCCCUUUAGUCUCACCCUCAGCAGAGGAGAAGUGGCAGUGAGGAGGGGACCACAGCCGAAGAGCUCCAUUCUCAAGGUCCUGCCACCGGGCCCCUGUCUCUUGUUAAAGUGGCCCUAAGCCCAGGCUACACCUUCCAGUUAGUUACUGUGUCCUCGGUUCCUAGCAGGUGACAAUUGGAAAUGUGUUAGAACACAUGGUCCAGGAACCGCAUUCUGGGACCACGCAGACUCUACCUAGACCACAGGAUAGCAUUACAAGUACUUCCCAGAGGGGACUGGUGGCACCAAGCUGGGCACUGCAGUCUGGCAGUCUUGGGCAGGAGCUGGGGAGAAAACCUGCCAUGUUCUGCCUCUCUCACCUCCACCAGCCACCUCCAUUCCGGAGCCAGGUCUCAACUGCAGGCAGGGACAGUCUCAGGUAUGAAUGGACACUUUGAAAGCAACCAAAUUCUUGUUCCCAGUAUGUUAAGACAUUUUGAUCCAAAGAGUCGCACCUCCUGCCCAGGCACCUCAGACAGGCUCAGGUCCUUCACCUGUUUCCGUACCCUGGCUCUCACAUAAGCCAUGCUACAGAUCUGUAGGAGAAGCUGGGAAGUGGGUUGUGGGUUUUUGUUUUGGUGCGGGCGGGCCUUGGCCUAGAACUCACAGAGAUCCACCUGCCUUUGCCUCCAGAGUAUUGGGGUUAAAGAUAUGCACCACAACACCAGGCCAGGAGCAGAUUUUGGGAGGGGUUUUGAGAUAUGAUUUCUCUGUGUACCCUUCGCUGUCCUGGAACUCAAUCUGUAGACCAGGCUGGCCUCAAACUCACAGAGAUCCACCUGCCUCUGUCCCCAAGUGCUGGGAUUAAAGGUGUGCACCAUCACGCCCAAUUCUUUCUUUUUUCUUUUCUUUUCUUUUUUUUUUUUUUAUAAAGAUCACUGAGACGACAUGUCCCAGACGGGUAGAGAAGGGUGUUCUGGGGCCCUGUAAAGGAACAGACAUAACUAAGAAGGCUGAGGGCUUUUUCUAUCCUGAAGAAUAGGCAUUUACUGGCUAGGAGAAAAUAAUGAUCCCUGUCCUACCUGCUGGGGGACCAGGUUAGGCCAUUUGGUGCUUCUAACUUUCUGCCAACCCAGAGUACACGACACACUAAAGCCCCGUGGCCUUGCACACCUAAGCAGGGCCUGGGUGAUCCUGUGCGACAGGACCCUUUCCAUCUCAGAAGAGCCACACUGUCAUCGCACUGACAGCUCCCAGCCAAGCCGCCAGGCGCCGGCCUCACUGUGUCUCAUAUUAACCGGUGCAUACUGUGAGCCACCUUUCUGUGUCUGUGUCCUGUGACCUCAAGGCAUUUGCUUCUAAUGUCUCCUCUGCAGCAAUGGAAGGACUUUUUAAUGCAUGUACAUUAAACUAAAACUCCUCCGGGUUCUACAGGAGUCAGGUGGGCAAACCUCUCUGCUUGAAACGUGUUCGCCCUCACCUGAGCCAAGAAAUAAACCCUUUCUCUUAA